AUAAAAUAAUUAAAAUGUAAAUAAAACGCAAAAUUGGUAUUUUUCCUGUCAAUUCCUCAAUCUUCAAUCCUUUUACGCCCUUCUCCCGCAAAUCUUCAAUCCAGUUUCUACUCAAUUCUCAGACACGAAGAUUGUGAGAAUCUAGGGUUUCCGUUUUUUGUAAUUUGGGGAUUUUUUUUUUACGAUGGAAGGGGCGAGCAACGGAGGGAUGUUGUACCACGAGGUACAAGAGUCGAAGCUAUGCGCCGUGCAUUGCGUGAACACGGUGCUGCAGGGUCCUUUCUUCUCCGAAUUUGAUUUGGCGGCGCUCGCCUCCGAUCUCGAUCGGAAGGAGCGGCAGAUGAUGCUCGUCGAGGGCGGCUCACACGCCGGCGAUUUCCUCUCCGAGGAGUCUCACAACGUCUCCUUGGACGGCGAUUUCAGUAUUCAGGUUCUACAAAGGGCUUUAGAGGUUUGGGAUCUGCAGGUCAUCCCCCUUGAUUCUCCGGUUGCUGAGCCCGCCCAGAUAGAUCCUGAGCUUGAAAAUGCAUUUAUCUGUCAUUUGCAGGAUCAUUGGUUUUGUAUCCGGAAAGUGAGUGGAGAGUGGUAUAACUUCGACAGUCUUUAUGCGGCUCCAUUGCACCUCUCAAAGUUUUACCUUUCAGCCUAUCUGGACACACUAAAAGGCUCGGGUUGGAGCAUUUUCCUGGUGAGAGGCAACUUCCCAAAAGAGUGUCCCAUCUCAUCCUCCGAAGCUUCUAAUGGUUAUGGGCAGUGGCUUUCACCUGAAGAUGCUGAGAGGAUAAAUAAAUCCUGCAACUCCACAAAGGCUCAGCCUGAAAGAACAAAUUUGAAUCCACAAUCUUCAGCACAAUUUCUAUCAAAUGAGGAAGCAGAUUUGCUUUCAGAAAUGGAAGAUGAGGAUUUGAAAGCUGCUAUAGCUGCCAGUCUUAUGGAUUCUACCCCAGCCAUUACCUGUGCUCAAGCCGGAAGCCCACAUUAUAGCAGCAGAAACCCUCAGGACAGCAACGACAACCCUCAGAACAGCACCCAAAACCCACAAGACAGCACCAACAACUCUCAGAACAGCACCCAAAACCCUCAGGACAGCAACGACAACCCUCAGAAUAGCACCCAAAACCCUCAAGACAGCACCGACAACUCUCAGAACAUUACCGGAAACCCUCAGAACAUUACCGGAAACCCCCAGAACAUUACUGGAAACCCCCAGAACAUUACCGGAACCCCUCAGAACAUUACUGGAAAUCCUCAGAACAUUACUGGCAGCCCUCAGAUCAGCACUGGCAAUCCUCGGAUCAGCACUGGCAAUCCUCAGAUAGAAAGUUCAGGGAGCCUUGAGAAAAUUGAUUGAGCAAAGGAAAGUAUAUUCUUUCUUAAAUUUUAUGUUUAUGGUUGAGGGCAAUGAUCUAUGUCAGGUUAGACAGUUGAUUUACAAUCCUUGGUGCAAAGUCAUCGCACUUUGCCGCAUAUACAGCUCUGUUAUACUUUAUACUUUCGUCAACUCAAAAUGUAUAAACUUGAAGAAAUAACCUCCCAGUUUUUCCAUUGGAUGAUUACAAUUUUUUGCAUUUUGGUAAUA